GUUUGUCGACUGAAAACACUUGACUUCACAAAACUUAACACAUCUUGUGAUCACUUUCGAGACCUAUUUCCGCAGACAAUGGCAUCGAAUGGUUGGGAAACUGUGGGUAAGAAGAAGUCGGCGAAGAAUUCAGCGAAAGGCCCGAAGGCUAGGAAGCCGUUGGACGUGUCGGACCAGAUAGAGAGCACUGGUCACAUAAGUCUGAGUGAAACCAAUUUCCAGCUCUUCAAUGACAUGGAGAGCCGCAAACUGCAGAAGCAGAACAACCAGAAGUCAGUCGUGGAUCAGAACCACGACAACGAAGCCAUCGAUAAGAAGGCGGCGAAGAAUAAACCGAAGAAGAAGACGAACGGCGCCGCGGAAUCGCCGAAAGCCACCAAACCGUCCAAACCAUUGACUUUUGAACAGUUGGCUAAAGAGCUCAAAGUAUCGGAGUUUGAGAAGGUGUCCGAUGAGACUAAAGUCAAGUUCCCGGAUAUGCCACUCAUUUGGCUCAAAGACAUCGCCUACUUUCUGAACGGAAAGUUCCCGAAUGUAGAGCCAGAAGACGUGACAUUUGCGGACAAAUCGAUCGACUACCCGUCCUGUGCACUACCUGGCAAUGUGUUGGACUUUAUAAACCGCAAUAUCCGUCAGUGCCCUCAACCCAUACUACAGCUGAUUCAGGAACAGCUGCUCCAGAAUCUGGUCAAAAUGGUUGGCCCGACAAUGGGUUUCCGUAUUAUGCUUCAGUGCAUAAGCACUCAAUACCCGGCGUUCACCGUAAAUAACAUCCAAAAGUUUGUUCAGCACAGGAUCUCUUACAGCAAUAGACAGCCCGUGUGUCUCACCAUCUUAUGGGUGGCCUCGCAGUCCAGUAAACGCGACCUCAAGAGUGGUAUCAAUAUCUGGUUAGAGCUGAUGCUACCAAUCAUCGGUCAAAAGGCUUACUCCAAGUUUAUUAUCGAUUCGCUGCGAACACUCUUAGAACUUCACUCGAACACCAAAAUAACUGGUGAUGUACUCGAUGUCAAGAAAUUCUUCGUGAUCUUCGACACCAUUCACUCGCCAGCAAACGGUUUGCAACAGAAUUUGCAAAAACAAUUGGAAGUUCUUUAUCCUAAACUUAAAUUGAUAUCGAUUUACAAUAACCCGAAAACCAAUGCAAGCCUUUACUUCCCAUAUCUGUUCGAGCGGUUAAAUUCCGAUAAACUCUUUCAUCAAAGACAAGAACUUCUGGAAGAGUUAACCAAAUGUCUUGCGAGUGAUGUCCAAAGUUUCAGCGUUUGGCGCACUUUGUAUUCGCAAAACUUAACACAAUCGGCUCAACUGCUGGUAUACCUGAGCGAUAACUACCGCUCACUGCCGUCCACUCUUUCCAAGAAACUGUUGACCGAAACGGUUCUUAGCUUUAGGAAUACAAAUGACGACUCGAGGGCUGAGGGUAAGCCUCUUAAAGAGGGACACGAGGCCUGUGAAGCUCAAUGCGAGACACUGUUGACCACAAUGUCGAGCUGGAAGUUCCCCAUUAAGUCCACACUACUGGUGCUGACCAUCCUAUUGGCGGUGCUCCUGGCCUACGACACUAAAUCUCAUGGAUCAUUUCAGAAGUCAUACACUGGUAAUCUACUGAAGCAAACGGGAACACUGCCUGUCGUAGAGCAGGCAUACAAUAAGAUCGAGACCUAUUCGCUCAUUACAUACAGUUGGCUGUCGGUGAACGUACCCGUGUACUGGAAGUCCGUGAGCGCCGUCAUCUCUCCCUAUCUGAACACAUUUUGGGCCAAAUUCACGGAAGUUAUGAUUAUUUUAUGGAAUUCGACGGAAUCCGUGAGCGCCGUCAUCUCUCCCUAUCUGAACACAUUUUGGGCCAAAUUCACGGAAGUUAUGAUUAUUUUAUGGAAUUCGACGGAAGUGUUGAGGAAUUGGAUCCACAAAACCAUUCCACCCAUUCUCGAGACGAUUACCGACGAUUUGGUGCCAAAGUUGCAGUCAUUCUUGUGGCAAAUCACGAGUCAAAUGCACACGUAUUUCAACAUUUGCUGGGCUUUUAUACUCAAAAACGCAACCAUUGUCUUCAUCUCUCCCUAUCUGAACACAUUUUGGGCCAAAUUCACGGAAGUUAUGAUUAUUUUAUGGAAUUCGACGGAAGUGUUGAGGAAUUGGAUCCACAAAACCAUUCCACCCAUUCUCGAGACGAUUACCGACGAUUUGGUGCCAAAGUUGCAGUCAUUCUUGUGGCAAAUCACGAGUCAAAUGCACACGUAUUUCAACAUUUGCUGGGCUUUUAUACUCAAAAACGCAACCAUUGUCUCGAAUUGGUUGCAGACAAACGUCUUAACUGGAAGUCUUGCGCCCGAAAACAUACAAAAAGUAUUAAUACAAGCGAUUGAUGUGCUGCAGACAUACAUGUGGGACGCCUACCAGUGGACAGCCUCGCAGUUUAAGGCACUGACCAAUUAGUUGACACAUAAAACCAGUUUUAAUAAUAAUAAUAAUAAAUAUUUUGAUUUUAUAUAUAAUUGGAUAUAAUUUAUAAAAACACUUAAUUAACUAUCAAUUGGCGGGAAAGACAUCCAAAACAAAUACUUCGUAACAAAAACACGGGUCACACACAACCCUAUCGACCAUUAUUAGUGCCGGCGCUGAAGAACAGUUUGACAGUGUUUUCGUACAACACGUCCGCCAACUCGUCGAUCGACCGCUUCUUAAUGGCCGCCAAUAUCUCCAAUAUUUGCACGCAAUUGGACGGCUCGUUACGACCCUUGACCUGACAGCCCGUCUCGAACUUCUCUUUCUUACGGCUUUGGAAUAGUGUAGUGAUAUGUCGGGCGCCCGCGUGACUGGCCUUCACUUCACACCACGGACUGUCUGU